AUGCUAUCUGAAUUCCAACAGCUACAGCCCAACCUAACAAACUUAACUGCCCAAAGACUUUCAGAUCAAGUACGUGUCAUUCUAAGUCGUAAGAUUUUGGAUGACAGAUUACUUGAACAACUUUGCAGUGAGUACUCAACAUCUUCUAUCAAUUCAAUUCCUGAUUCCCAACGAACACUUCCAGGUGAGUCUGAUGACUUAAAUGUUAAUAACAGUAACCAUAAUAUAAAUAUUACUAACUUAAACAACGAAAAAGUAGAGCAAAAUUGUUUUGAUAUAGAUGUGAGUUCCCAGGACAGCGAAUAUAUAAGAAGGACUUUCGAAUGUUCUCUUUUGGAAUAUAAAAAUACACCUAUAGAAAAUAGACCGAAACUACCUAAACUGCCUAACAACAAAAAAACUAUAUUAACAGUAGCAUCAAUGAAUGUUUUAUGUAAAGAUUAUUUUGAAAAAAGUAAUUCUAUUUUGGAAACUAUGUCUCUUCUAUACUGUUGUGCCCAUGCUGUACGUAUGAUAAUGAAAAUUCCUAUCAUUUCAGUACAAAAUUUUAUGAAAAAUAAUACAGAACCUAAAUGGAAACAAAGAAUUCAAAAACGAAUUGACAAUACUCGCAAAAUUAUAGGAAAAUUAAUAAGCUACCAAACAGGUAACAGGCGUAAAAAAAUAAUUACUUUAGUAAAUCAAAUCUCUAAUGAAAAUAAUAUUAGCCAUUUAGAUCCUUAUUUUCCGGAUAAAAUUACUGAGUACAUUGAUACGCAAAAACAAAAGUUAAAAGCAUGGGCCAACCGUAUUAGACGAUAUUCAGAAAGGUCUAAACGGUACUUCCAAAAUCGCACAUUCGAAAGUAAUCAAAAGUGGGUGUAUCGGUCUUGGGAGAACACUACAACUAAUAGUUGUACUCAUGGCAGCCCAAGCUUAAUUGAAUGUCUAAAUUUUUGGAAAAAUAUGUGGUCUAAUGAAGUUUCUCAUAAUGAAGCCGAAUGGAUUCGUGCAACCGAACGUAAGUUUUCUAAUUUGGCUAACAUGGGUUCUAUCUCAAUUACUGCUGAAGAUGUAUACUCAAUUACUCGUAGAUUACACAAUUGGAAAUCACCUGGACCAGAUGGUAUACACAACUUUUGGCUGAAAUGGAUAACAAGUAGCCAUGUGCGUUUGGCUGCACAGAUUCAAGAAGCCAUUGAGUGCUGUGAGCUCCCGAGACUUCUUACAACUGGUAUUACCCACUUACUAUAUAAAAAUGGAAAGAGCACGGAACCUAAAAAUUACCGACCUAUAACAUGCCUUUCAACUGUAUACAAAUUAAUAACUGCAAUUUUAAAUAACAAGAUCUAUAAACAUUUGGAAAAUAAUAACAUUCUGUCAACCGCACAGAACGGAUGUCGGAAAGGGUCACGUGGUUGUAAAGAACUUCUUCUCAUUGACACAGCUAUUUGCCGACAAGUUUUUCGUAAUCGCAAAAAUAUGUCCGCUGCUUGGGUGGAUUACAAAAAGGCAUAUGACUCUGUUCCACAUUCAUGGCUAAAGAGAGUUUUAGAAAUAUAUAAAAUAGAUGACAAAAUUUGUAAGUUUUUAAGUAAAUUAAUGGGUUAG